UUGAAGUUCCAGAGCUCAAAAUCCAAAAUUCGAAAUCAAAUUUCCCACACUUUCACACUUGAAGCCAGCCAGAAACGUAGUUCCCGCGAUCGAGUCUAUCGCCUGGACAAGAUUAGAGCAUCCCAUCCGCUUCGGUCCCCGAACCGAUCGAUCAGCAGAUCUUCAGUAUUCGCUCAGGCUACUCUCGAGUUAAUUGUCUAAAUUAACAAGUUUGCCCCGCCCCCACAAUACACAUAUCUCGCCCUGGAAAAGACAAAAACAACGAAAAGCGAAAAAAAAGCAGCAAAACAAACGCAGAGAAAAUGUUAAAAAAAGCGAGCCAAAUUGUUCAGACUGUUGUCCGGUUGCAGUUGUACUCGCAUUGAAGGAGGUUCGGCAUCGGCAGCCGAGCAUUCAAGCAUCCCACCGUCCGACCCGUAAACCCCACCACUACCCAAGCACCAGGACCCACCAAGAACCCACCAGGAAGCACCCACCUAGUCCAAUCCACUGUCGGAAUCGAAUGGAAUCGCAUAGGAUCGAAUUGAAUUGAAUCGUUCAGGGAGAAAUUGUAAUCGCAGAUCGUUGAUCGUCUCGCGUUGGUGCUGAAAUUUGCUUAGUUGAACUUACUUUUGCAUUCUCGAUACUCAUUGUGUGUCUCUAUCUCUCCCUAUCCCGCCCCCCUCUCUUUGGCCCGUCCCCAUUUUGUGCCACCCCCUGUUUGUGUACACCCCCCACCAUAAACCACCCACACACCACCCACCCACCACUGUUUUUUGUGUCGGACUUGGAUUCGGACUGCGGACCACGGACAGCAGUUGGUUGGCAGUGCGCUGCGACCACAGCUAAAGGCAGCACCACGGCAGCCGGCAACGGAAACGGAAACGCCAGAGGAAGAGGAAGCGGCUACCAUGCGGCGAUGGCUCGUCCGCUGCUCCUGCUCCUGCCCACCCUCCUCGUCCUCCUCGCCGCCCAGCUGCCCCACCCGGCCCAGGGGCGCAGCACCACCAGCAGCGGCGGCCUCACGGUGAUCGACAGCGAUCGAUUGCGCAUCCGCACCACCUCGAGCACCGUCUCGAACUCCAGUUCGGGCCAGAAUCUUGGCCAGCCAGCGAUCCCGCCAGCCAGCUCCGGUCCGCGCAAGCGCCACCGGAAGCGGAACAGCAACUGGAUCGACUACCGCAACUUCGACGAGAACACCACGGCCCUGGAGUGGGCCAAUCCCUGCGGGGGCAACUACCAUCCAGCGGCGGCAGACCGCUUCAAUCGCCAGCGGCCCAGGCAGAGCUUCAAUCAGCUGAAGCGCCACGCCUUCAGGGAGUACCGCAGCCUGAACAGCAGCCAGGACUCGGCCAUCGACAUCCGCAACAUGACCAUGUGGUCGCUCCACACGCACAACUACAAGUUCCUGCCCAAGCUCAAGCCCAAUUCCACGAUUGCCCUGAAGCGCUGGUACCGCAACAUGCAAACGUACGUGGCCAGCUUCGCGUAUUUGAGGCGCCAGCAGAUCCGCUGGGACCAGCGGUCCAUCACCCGCGAGUCGAGCACCGCCCGCGAGCUGCGCGAGCUGCUCCUGAGCUCGCGGCGCAUCCUCUGCGAGCUGGAGACCGCCGUCAACCAGACGCAGAGUCCGCGCCAGAAGCAGCGGCGCAGUGGUGCGGCGGUGGUUGCCGUAGGCGGCGGUGGUGCCACCACCACGACCACAUCCACCCAGCUGCCGCAGAUCUCGCGGCUCGAGAUGAACAAGCGUCUGAAGCUGCGCUCCAAGACGGGUGGCUCCAGUGCAUCCGCGGUGGCGGGCGAGGCGGACUCCAUCGACAUGCGGUUCGUGAAGCACCACUACUACGACUUCCUGCGCACCAUGUACCAGCUGCUGCGGCGGGACGGCAAGCGGGUGAAGAGCCGGCCGCGGAAGCACCACAAGAAGCACAGGAACCACCAGAGGAGCCAGAAGAAGCAGCAGCAGCAGCAGCAGCAGCAGCUGGCGGAGCAGCUGGAGCAGCGCUGGCGGAGCUCGGCCUCGAACGGCAAGGAGUUCAACGAGGUGUCCAAGCCAGCGGCAGGUGGCUCAGCUGCAGCUGCAGUGGGUGGAAGCCCCCAGUUUCCAGCUGGCAGACGUGGAAAGCGCCAGUCGAAACGCGUGCAGCGCACGUGAAGCCACACAAAUACAGCCCCCUCAUCCCCCCUCUUCCUCAGGACACGCCCCUUAUAACCGUCCCGCCCCCCCCUUAAUUUAACCGUUUAUCGAUCGAUCGUAGCUUAAGUAAAUU